CUUUUUUUCCGCCAUUCUUCACAGUUGGUAGCACAUUUUAAAAUCCGUUCCUUCUGUGUAGUGAUCGUACUUGGUUGUUAAAUCUGCAAAUUAGUAAAAAUGCCCAAGAACAAGCAUUCUAAGAAGGCGGAUACUUCGGACUCCGACUCCGGACCCGACGAUAGGGUGCCAGCAGCCAAGAAGCCGAAAACGCAGAGUAAAAGCAGCGGCGACAGUGACGAAAAUUCGUGGGAUUUGGGCAAAAACCGCUUCGUCAAACUCACGGAGUUCAAGGGGAAAUGGUACGUGAGUAUCCGGGAGUUCUACAACGCUGACGGUGACCUGCGUCCGGGGAAAAAGGGGAUAAUGUUGACCAUGGAGCAAUGGCACAAGUUCAAAGAGAUCGUACCCGACUUGGAAGACGCCAUCAAGAGAAACGUUUAAAUGGUCAUUACACUAUAAGUUAUUUUUGCAUUUGUAAUGGAUAAAUUAUAGUUUCAUGUGCUA